AUGCUCUGCUGCUCGUAUUGAUACUAAGGUUGUAAUUAAAUCUGUCAUAAUAAAUUGUAUUUAAUUGUUAUUUAAUUGUGUCUGUGAUAUACUAGUGCAGCAACAUAAUUUAAAUCGGCAAAGUUAUAUUUAUUUUUUUAAACAGUGUUAUUUUUUUUUAUCUGCCCCACUUUGCCAGAAUAGUUAGAGAAAGUAGGACAACAUGUUUCAGGUAAUGCGGGACAGUUUUGUAGGUCUCCCAAAAAGAGAGAAAUUACAUAUUUUACAUUAUAGAGUCUCAACUCCUACAUAUACACAAGAAGUAUAUUGUAAUAUAUAAUAAUAUAUAAAAAACAAUCGAUAUAUAUAUAACUUUCUUCAUAUUAGAUUAUAUAUACACAUAUAGAAUAGAAUGCCUUUUAUUGUCACUAUACACAUGUACAAUGAGAUGAAACGCAGCUCCUCCAGUGCAAACAUGUAUGUAGAACACACAACAGACAAUACACAAAUAGUGCAAAACGUUCUGCAGCACUAUAUAAAUAUGGAAGAAUAAAUAACGAAAUAGGGUUUUUUUUAAAUAUAUAAAUAUACAGUGUGAUAUGCAGUGUGGGUUACUGCACAUUAUUUAAGUAUUACACAAGUAAUGAUGAUCAUGUGCAGUGAGUAGUGGAUGUUGGACACAGUGCAAUUAUAUUGUACAGUAUACAGAUAUUGCACAGUUAUUAUCAAUAACAUUUAGAUAUUGGAUAUUGCACAGUUGAUGGACAGAAGGAAGUCCAGGGGUUGGGGGGUUAGACUGUGUAGUCUACUGUCCAGUCAGUGCAUGUGUAAGUUUAGAGUGGUUAUGGCUUUUGGGAAAAAACUGUUCUUGAGUAUAUUUGUCCUUGCUGGUCAAACAGAUCAGAGCCAGGGUGGGAGCUGUCCAUGAUGAUGUUUUUUGCUCUGCUGAGGCAGCGGGAGGUAAAUAUCCAUCAGGGAGGGGAGAGGGCAGCCGAUGAUCUUCUGUGCUGCCUUUACGACUCUCUGAAGCCUCUCCCUGUCUGCCGUGGUGCAGCUGCCGUACCACACUGUGAUACAGUACUGUGAUACCAUACUGUGAUACUGUACUGUGAUACCAUAGUGUGAUACCGUACUGUGAUACAGUACGUCAGCAGGCUUUCAUGGACGAGCGGUAGAAGGAGAUGUCAGCGGAGAUAAGGAUGCCGAGAAACCGGAAGAGCACAAUGGCACCAAGGCAGAGAGGGACUGCAAAGGGAGUUGGAAAGGAGAAGGGAGAGCGCCGGCUGAACACGUGGAGUGAGGAACUGAUGGCAGCAGCAAUCAGUGAGUACAAGCAACUGGAGCAGGAAGGGCAGAUGCCGAACCUGAGACUCUUGGCACGGGCCUGGAAUGUGCCAAAAUCUACACUCCAGCGCAGAGUGAGGGGCAAGGUGCAGGGCCACGAGCACUCAAUGGGGAGAAACCCUGUACUCACAAAGGAGGAAGAAGAGAUGCUGGCAAACUUAAUCAAAACCUUAUCGAAAAGGGGGUUUCCAAUGAGAAAGCCAGAUGUACAGAGGCUGGCUUUCCAAUAUGCGGCAGCAAAUGGCAUCCGGGGUUUCUCCGAAGGAAAAGGAAAGGCUGGACAUUACUGGUUUGAAGGCUUCGUGGCAAGAAAUCCAAGCCUCAGCAUGAGGAAGCCUGAAGCUCGUUCUGCGUGUUUCACCUCCACCGUGGUUCAGCAGUGGUUUGCAAACUAUGAGGAACUGUUGCGUGAACUGGAGAUUCAGGAUAUGCCGUCGCACAUCUGGAACUGCGAUGAAACUCGACUGCAGGAUCACUGUACCUCGUCUAAGGUGGCUUUAGAACUCGGUGCCCCCUGUCUGAGGGGCGAGACAACGACUGUUCUGGCCAGCCUAAAUGCUGCAGGACAGUAUGGUCCCCUCUUCAUAAUCUUUAAGGGGAAACGACUCAGGGCAGAGUGGCUGUUAGGGUCUCCAGACAACUGUAUGGUGAGAAUGUCAGAGAACGGUUGGAUGAACUCUGAGCUGUUCUUGGAGUGGGGCAGACAGUUUGUUGCCACGCUCCCGAAGGAUGACCUCCGACCACACGUGCUUCUGCUUGAUGGACAAAGCGGCCAUGCUUUCAAUCUGGACUUCCUCACACUAAUGAAGAACUCCAAUGUGCACGUAGUGUGCUUUCCAUCUCACGCCGCACGCAUUCUACGGCCAGCAGAAUGGUCCCUCUUCAAAAGCCUAAAACAUAACUGGAACCUGGAAGGCCAAAAUUUGGCCAGGCAGACUGGAAGAAAGAAGCUCCAAAGGACAGACUUUUUUGCCGUUUUCACCAGGGCAUGGGAAAAGGCGGCAGUGGCACAGAGCGCUCAAACUGGGUUUAGAGGAAGUGGCGUUUACCCGGUCAACAUAAAUGCCACCAAUCACUUUCGCCCAAGCAUAACCACAGAAUGGGUAAUGGAUCAUUCGCGUAACACUACCCAGCUCUCAUCUCACUGCCCUCCGCCAAGUGCUCUUCAGCACGGACCACCACCAUGCACCGCUUCACCCAACAGAAUGUAGAUGAUACCUACUUCCCCAUCACCCAGUUGUGAAGCUGAUAUGGAAACUGCAGGAACCAUCUUUGCAGACUUUACCACCAUGGCCCAAACCCGAUGCCCAUACUCACGGACUCUCAAACUU